AUGUAAAAUCAUUUGGAGUUCGUGUAAUCAAUGACUCAACCAAAAUUGGAAGCCUCAAAUCCUUGGUUGGUGGGGGGAAUCCUCAGAACUCAACUCAAGAAUGUGCUUUACAAUAAGGAUCUAUUUAAUGAGAUUGAUAAUGAAUUCACAGAGUUCGGAAAAUUUUGCAAUGAUGUUCUUUACUAACACAGUGUGGAUGCUGAAUUGAAUCCACCCAAACUUAUUAAACAGGAUGUUUAUGGAAAUGUAAUUGAUAAAUUGGUGUUGGGAGAAGGUUGGAGAAAGGAAAAGGAAUAUGCAGCAAAAGUAAUUAUGUGAUCUAAAUAGUGUGGAAUAGUGGCUAUGGCCUACGAGAGUAAACAUGGAAUUUGGAAUAGACUACUGCAAUUAUUGAGACUCCAAAUGUACUAACCUGUAUCUGGAUUAUUUGUAAGAUAUUAAUUCAUUCCUAAACCAAUAGGGUUGUCCUUUGGCCAUGACAGAUGGUGCAGCCUACUUGCUCAAAUAAUGGUUGAGCAAUCCAACCACCCAAUGUUAAGAAACUAUCAAACUUGUACAAUAAGGAUUUGAAAAUUUAACAUCCAGAGACCCUUCUAAAUUUUGGACUUCAGGAUAGUGGAUGACUGAAAAGGAUGGUGGAUCAGAUGUUAACAAUUCAACCACAACCAUUGCCAUCCAUCAGGGAGGCAAUAAAUACAAAUUGUAUGGUUACAAAUGGUUCUCAUCAGCCACCGAUAGUGAAAUGACGUAUCAAAUACCAUUUAAAAAUUCUUAGAUUGGCCUUGGCUAGAAUAGUUCCAGAGAAAAAAGUUGAAGAUUUUAGGAAAUAUCCAUUGUCUUUAUUCAUUAUGAGAGUCAAGAAGGAUGAUGGAACAUUGAACAACAUCAAGAUUAUGACAAUGAAGGAUAAAAUGGGCACUAGACAGUUACCAACAGCUGAAUUACUACUUUAAGGAAGUGAAGCCUAUCUAAUCAGUGAAGAAGGCAAGGGAGUCAAAGGAAUUAGUCAAAUGUUAAAUGUAACUAGAUUGUAUAACGCAUCUUCAGCUGUUGGGUCUAUGAAUAGACUAUACUCAAUAGUUGUCAACUAUUCUUUGAAGAGAAAGGCUUUUGGGAAGGAACUGAUUGAGAAACCUGCUCAUUAAACAAUGCUAACUAAAUUCAAUCUUAAUGUCAGAGCUUGCAGUUUGUUCUAUUUCAAGGUGGCUUAAUUGUUCUCGAAAAUAUAGAAUAAUGCAGCCUCUAAGGAUGAUGAAGAGAUGUUUAGAAUAUUGACUCCAUUGUUGAAAUUAUACACUGCAAAAAUCUGUAUGUAUUGGAUGAGUGAGGGAAUCGAGGCUUUGGGUGCUUUGGGAUACAUGGAAAACAGCUACAUUCCUUUGAUGUUGAGGGAUGCUUAAGUACUAACAAUUUGGGAAGGUACCACUAAUGUCUUGUGUUUGGACUUCCUGAGGGCUCUCAAAUCCAAUGAUAAGAAGGAUCCACUACAAAAACUAGAUGUCUAUGCCAGAUUCCACACUCAUAUUAUGAUGACUCAAUUGUCUGCUGACACUCAACUGCCUGAAACCAGAAAAAGCUUCAUUCCCUACAUUGCCAAAAUGACCAUCAAUCACAAUGGAGUUGUGGCUGAAUUAUCUAAUAUUUUAUAGGGAACUGUCAAGUACUCUGAAAUGAGAAUCAGAGAUCUCUGCUUUAUGUAUGGUUAACUCUUAAAAUUAGUUUAUGCGAAUCCUUUGUAGGUGGGUAGAUGUUGGAGUUGAUUUCAAAGAAUGGAAGAGAAGAGGACAUCCUCAGUUUUGAAUUGUGGGUUGAAUAGAUGCAAUCAUAUACAACUACUUGGUCCAUCACACCCAAAGCUUUUGAGGUGCUUGUCAAGGAAAACGUAAUCAAACCCAAAUUAUGAUAUAUUAAUAGAUUUUUAAUAUA